GGCGGCGAGGUAGACAAGAGGCAAAUAAAGUUGCAUGUCUCCUCCUAGCGGCCAAUAAGCAUCAUCCUCUACGGCUGCGGGCGGCCAGUCGACAGCAUCAAUGGGAGGACAAAGUUGACUCGACGACACGAUUGACAGUCACCAGAGCUCAACAAGUGAAGGUGGGCGGAGCCUCCUUCCCUCCUGGUGGUCUCAAUGGAGGAAAAGUAUGCGGAGCACUCUCCCGUCCAAUUGGAACACGACGCCCCCUCCCCGCGCCCGGUUCCCGCUGCCGCCAUCACUCCCCCACUGGGCGUCAUCAGUGAGGGGACGGGCGAGGGGGCGGGCAGCGAAGGAGCGGGGCCGCUGAUCGACGCGGCGGCGGCAGAGAGGGCGUGUCGGGAAGUCCUGCACAAGCUCAAGCUGAGACACAUCGACCCCGCCUGCGACGGGGACAGGUCGACCGGGUCAGACAGGGACCAGGACGGGGACGAGGACGGGCGGGCGGAGGGUGGCCGGCGGCGGCGGCCCAACCCGUCCAAGCAGUCGUGGCUCCUGCGCCUGUUUGAGUCCAAACUCUUUGACGUGUCCAUGGCCAUCUCUUACCUGCAUAACUCCAAGGAGCCCGGCGUGCAGGCCUAUAUCGGCAACCGACUCUUCAGCUUUCCACACGACGACGUUGACUUCUUCCUGCCGCAGCUCCUCAACAUGUACGUGCACAUGGAUGAGCACGUCGGCGACGCCAUCAAGCCUUACGUGGUGCAUCGCUGCAGGCAGAGCAUCUCCUUCAGCCUGCAGUGCGCGUGGCUGCUGGCGGCGUACUCGUCCGAUAUGCACAUCUCAACGCAGCGCCACUCGCGAGGUGCCAAGUUGCGCAAGCUCAUCCUGUCUGACCAGCUCAAGCCGGCCGCCAGCCGGGCCCGCCGGGACCCCCUGACGCUGGCGCCCUUCUGUGCCGUGCCCACCGAGACAGGCCUGUCGCCCUCCAAACGCACACACCAGCGGUCCAAGUCGGACGCAGCCGUGGCCGUCAGCCUCAGUGGCGACCUCAAGAGGACGGCCAGCAACCCGAAAGUGGAGAACAGCCAUGACGAGCCGCUGCGCCUGGCGCCGCAGCGCGACUUCAUCAAGUCUUUGAUGGGCAUCGGUAAGCGUUUGGCCACGCUGCCCACCAAAGAGCAGAAGACGCAGCGGCUCAUCUCGGAGCUAUCGCUGCUCAACCACAAGCUGCCCGCCCGCGUCUGGCUGCCCACCGCCGCCUUCGAGCACCACGUGGUGCGCGUGCCGCAUACGCAGGCCGUCGUGCUCAACUCCAAGGACAAGGCGCCUUACCUUAUCUAUGUGGAGGUUCUGGAGGUGGACAACUUUGAGACGUCCAAGGUGCCGGCUCGAAUCCCGGAGAACCGUAUCAGGAGCACACGCUCAGUGGAGCACCUGCCUGACUGCGGCAUGAGCGCUGAGCAACGCGCCGGAAGCUUCUCCACCGUCCCCAACUACGACAACGAUGAUGAGGCCUGGUCGGUGGAUGACAUCGGCGAGCUGCAGGUCGAGCAGCUUCCGGAGGUUCACACCAGCUGCGACAACAUCAGUCAGUUUUCCGUGGACAGCGUAGGCAGUCUUGACAGCAAAGAACCCGUCUUCAUCGCUGCGGGGGACAUCAGGCGUCGGCUGUCUGAGCAGCUGGCGCAGACCCCCACCGCUUUCAAGCGCGACCCCGAGGACCCGUCGGCCGUGGCUCUCAAAGAACCGUGGGAGGAGAAAGUCCGGAGGAUCCGCGAAGGCUCCCCUUACGGGCACAUGCCAACCUGGCGCCUGCUAUCCGUCAUCGUCAAGUGCGGCGAUGACCUCCGUCAGGAGUUGCUGGCCUUCCAGGUGCUGCGGCAGCUGAAGACUAUCUGGGAGACGGAGCGGGUGCCGCUGUGGAUCAAGCCCUACAAGAUCCUGGUUCUGUCGUCGGACAGCGGCAUGAUCGAGCCGGUGGUCAACGCAGUGUCGCUGCAUCAGGUCAAGAAGCACAGCCAGCUGUCUCUGCUGGACUACUUCCUGCAGGAGCACGGUGCGCCCACCACCGAAGCCUUCCUGACAGCGCAGAGGAACUUUGUGCAAAGCUGUGCUGGCUACAGCCUCAUCUGCUACCUGCUGCAGGUCAAGGACAGGCACAAUGGCAACAUCCUGCUGGACGCAUGCGGCCACAUCAUCCACAUCGACUUCGGCUUCAUCCUGUCCAGCUCGCCCAAGAACCUCGGCUUCGAGACGUCCGCUUUCAAACUCACCGCCGAGUUUGUUGAGGUGAUGGGCGGUCCCGACGGCGACAUGUUCAAUUACUACAAGAUGUUGAUGCUCCAGGGCCUGAUCGCCGCCCGCAAGCACAUGGAGCGUGUGCUGCAAAUUGUGGAGAUCAUGCAACAAGGUUCGCAGCUACCCUGCUUCCACGGCUCAAGCACCAUGCGAGGCCUGAAGGAGCGCUUCCACAUGAGCCUGACCGAGGAGCAGCUGCAACUUCUAGUUGAACAAAUGGUGGUGGGCUCCAUGCGCUCGCUCACCACCAAACUUUACGACGGCUUCCAGUACAUCACCAACGGCAUCAUGUGAUGACGAUUGCAUUCUCAGGUGUUUUGGGUCACUGGUGUCUUGGUCAUCCUUCCGUGGAGAAAAGUUGGUGUGACAUUCCUGACAUGUUUUGCUCCAUUUAGUUCUUUUUGUUGGGUGUGACGGAAACACCCUGACCUGUCAACAUUGCCACUCCUAACAAGGCCCCGUCCACAUUGUACAGCAUCGCUUGGAAGUGUCAAUUCACAUUUAAUGGCAGCGGUGAUUUAUUUGACGGUGUACUGCUUCAUGGACGCACCGAAAUAAAAGUGUGACAAAGUU